AGGGUGUCAGCUCGCCCGGCUUGGACUUCAGCAGUUUCCAGCUGCCUGUGCUGGACGAGUCGUUGUUUGGCCGCUCCAGUCAGAACCUGAACGCCCAGGGCUUCAUUGAGUUGGAUGACGACAGUCUACUCUUCAUCGGUCGCUGUGAGGAAGAUCUAGCGGACUGUGCCAGCUCCUCGUCUGUGACCAGUGAGAGCUGCGACAGCUACAGCUUCAGCGGUUGUGGGGAUGUAACCGGCUUCAACGCUGCAGAUCACUUCGCAUCAUUCCCGUUGUCGUUGGCAUCCCCUCUGGGCUCCCCGUCUCGUUCUCCAUACUCGUCGUCUGACGUUAUUGGAGAAGGAGUAGGAGGAGGAGUAGGAGGAGGAGUAGACGGAGCGUCAGGUGACCCUCGACCCAGCAGUCGCUUCGACCCCCGGUUCAGUGGCAGCGGCGGUGAUAUCACCCCUCCCGGCCAGAGGAGUCCUGCCCGGCCGUCGACGGUCCUGCUGAGCCCCGACAGUCCUCUCGGCAAGCGGCCCUUCCCGGACACCGGCAACAGCAGCGGGGGGAGCUGUGGGGGAGGAGCCAGUCCCGCUAAGCGCGGCUCUCCCACGCCCACUUCCUCCAGCGGGGGCCUAAGCCCCGUCACUCCGGACGCGGCUCCGAUAGAAGAGCUCCUCAGGUUUGGCGUGAACUCCUCGGCCUUCCAGCAUGUCGUCGACAACACGGACGACGAAUAUGGUGACGUUCUGAUCACUGACCUGCAAGAUGACGACGACUACGACGACUCAUCAGUGCACGAGAGCUUAAAGGUCAAGCGGUCACUGCUCUUUGACCGCAGCAGCGGCGACAGCGCCAACAUCAGCGAGGCCGAGUCCAAAAUGGGCGACUCGCCUCGGAGUUCGGGCAGCAGUGGUAUCCUUUCUCCUCCUGGUGUUGCGGCCGGUCGUGGUGCAGGUAACGGUGGUGGUGGUGCUGGUGCUGGUGUCGGAGCGGGUGGCUACGUGGUCACGAGCAGUGACGGAGAGUUGGACCCGCCCUCCACCCACAGGGCUCCGCCCCCUGUGAUCGUGGGCGUGGUCAGUAAGAGCGAGGUGAGGGACAUCGGCUACAGUAGCGAGAGUCAGAGCAACGACGAGGUGGACGUGAUGAGGCACCAGAUCGACCUGGAGUACAAGUUCCCGGGGAAGUGCGAAGUGGCCAGCGACGGGCCGUUAGGCGAUAAGGUCACCAUGCCCUCCACUAAAGUGAAGCCGCAGUACUACUACAUGACGCACGUGGAUCUCGACUCCACAGACAGAACGACCGACAACGGGGACACGACAGAUUCCGGCCCGGAGAGGGUCAAAGACGACGUGAAAAGCAGCAGUGAUGGUCAUGGUGGGUACCGUCCUGAGGCAGACAGAUUUGAGGCAGCCGUGAAGGAGGUGUACUCGGAACUGAAAGAUGAUGACAAUGGUUCCUGUUUCCCUGGACAGAUGUCUUCUCGUGGUCACAGUGGGAGUAACUGUGAAGGAGGGAGUGCGGCAGUGGUCUCAUCAUCAUCAUCAUCAUCAUCAUCAUCGGCCGUUCGGGGUCACUUCGGGGUCAGCGAGUUGGUUGCCACGGGGAAAUCCUCAGCGUCUUCCGCCACUGUCAGCCCGUUGUAUAUCCCCGAUGACGACGACACAGAGGACGUGACGAUGCUGGCGAUCAAGCCCUUGCACGAGCUGCUCGACAUCUCUGAGUCCGACAGCGCUCCUGAGUCCAAGGAGAAGAAAUCCAUCCGCUACCUCAUCGAGCACGCUGAGGAUUUGGUGAAGCCUCCCAGCCCAACCAAGACUACAUUUUCCGCUCCGUCCUCUCCAAGCAAGCAUCUUCAGAGCCCAAUAGUAGUGCAGCAGCAGCAGCAGCAUCAACAGCACCAGCUGUCCCCCUCCAAACAGACUCAGACCGACUCGUGCAGCGCCGUGGAGAGCUCGUGCGACGCGAGCGGCGAAGACAACUCGGAUCACGAGGCGGCUGCAGCGGCAGCGGCCAACGCCAGCGGCAGCGGCGGCACCAGAGACGAGUUCUCCACCGCCACAGACGACGCGGACGAGACGCUCAUCGGCAGCGUGAUCAACCUGGACUCGGCCACAGAGUCGGCGCGCAACACCAGCACGGACGACAUCAUCAGCACCACGUGCUCCGGCGUCCCGCGCUCCCCGCGCUCUAUCCCGCACACACUCGUCGACUCGCCGCGGCUCCGGAAGCAGACGGGAGAGAGCUCCUCCUCGCGCCGCCGCGGCAAGGACCGGCCCUGGAGCGUGGUCGGCCUCCAGGACUUUAGCAGCAACUCCAGGGGCAGCGGCCACGGUGACAAAAUGGGUGGAGCCACCACCAUGGACGCUGUCGAUUCGGUCGCUCACCACAACCACCACCAUAAUUAUCAUCAUCACGUGGCCUCCUCCGAAAGUGCAAUUGACCACAUCUUCCAGCGCUGCCAGACAGACACCGAUUCCUCCUCUUCCAACGCCGCUUCGCCCAUGAUGGCGGCCUCAUCGUUUUUCUUCUCGCCCUCCUCUCAUUCAUCCACAUUCCCCCGCGAAAGUCACCAGCACAACCACCACCCCCGCCGGGGCUUCCGCCGUGCCUUAUCCUCCACGGAACACCAGUCUCCCCCCUCCCCCUCCACAAAAGUUCAUCACUCGCACGCCUCCUCCUCGACUCGACGCAAACUCAAAUACUCGAGCGAGGUCGCUCCUGCAGCCGCGGACAGAAUGACACUUGAGAACGGUCUCGUUUCUGAUAACGGCGGAGGUCCUCUAGCCACAUCGGAGACGCCUGUCCCCUCCUCAUCCCUCCUCUGCUCUCACAGCAAGACCGGACACUACACCGCCAUCCUCUCCGCGGAGGCGACCUCCGACAGCGAGGCCCCGCCCUCUCCCAGCAAGGUCAGAGGUCAGGCUCCGUCGUCUCCGGGCAGGGUCAAAGGCCAGCAGCGGAGGACCAGGCGACUGCGGCACCGGUCCAGCCUGGAGUCCGGCAAGGAGGUCAGCGUGUCGGGAAGUGGCGGGGGUGUCAUCGGGGCCGGCCAGCCGUACAGCAGGUCCAGUGCCACGGACAGCUACGACAG